UCAUGGAGGAGAGAUCAUGAUGACAGCGGGACUACGAAUGUAUGCCUGUGAUCUCACACUGGAUCCAAACACAGCAAACCCCCGACUCAUUCUGUCUGAUAACAACAGGAAGAUCACACGUGUGGAAGAUCAUCAGCCGUAUCCUGAUCAUCCAGAGAGAUUUGAUGCUGUUCCUCAGGUUCUGUGUGUUGAGAGUCUGACUGGACGCUGUUACUGGGAGGCUGAAUGGAGCGGAGAUUAUGCUGUUAUAUCAGUGUCAUAUAAAAGAAUCAACAGGAAAGGAUGGAGUGACUGUUGGUUUGGAUCCAAUGACAAAUCCUGGAGUCUGAGCUGCUCUGGUAACAGUUUCACUGUCCAUCACAAUAACAACUACACUGAUAUACCUGUUCAUUCAUCCUCUAAGAGAGCAGGAGUGUAUGUAGACGUGUCGGCCAGCACUCUGUCCUUCUACAGCAGCUCUGAUGCACACAAACUCACACACUUACACACAUUCAACACCACAUUCACUGAACCCCUCUGUGCUGGAUUUUGGGUUGGUGAUGAUUCCUCAUUGUCUCUGUGUGAUAUUAAACAGCCUCCUGUGAGAAUCAUCAGUGAUCAGCACAUCACCGGGUGAGUAAAAUACUGUGACUAAUGAAAUAAUACUGUGACUGUGACUAAUAGUUCAGGGUUCUGUGCUUCAUUUGAUGUAAUACCAGAUCUUCUAAUCUUGAUAAUUCCUCUCGGGCAAAUGUCGUUUUCUAAGUGCAC